AUGCCUACAAGAGCCAAGGCACAGGCACUGGCACUCGUCGGCCUCGUGGCCUUUCAAUCCACCGUUGCCGCACUAGUCGUCCCAGAUGCUCAGAUCUCUGCAACGCUCGGGGGGACUAACUUGACUGAAGCUGCGAAGGCACUUCUCACAAACCCUUUCGCAAGUCACAACUGGACUACUAAGGGUCCAAAUGGCACAUCGGACUACACCCACACAAUCACCGUGGUCGAUUCCAAGAUCAACGACACAACGGCCCGGCCUUUUGCCUUGCUCUCUCUUACGGCGCCGGCUGGCGUAGACCUCGCUGAUUGGGAACUGUUGUAUGAAGUCGUCGUCCCCGAUUAUAACCAAACUUGGAUCGAUCUGUUCGAUCGCUCGGAUAGUGGCGACUGCAGGACGGCAUUUUCCGACGCAUGCCUGAGAAAGCUCACAGAGAAAUCGCUGAGAUCUACCCGUCAAGGCUGGCCAGAGGAGUGCCCGUCACCAAGCUCUGGUGCUUAUGGAUUGAACAGCACCGCGACAUCAAUGGUAAACGACGACAGCUGGGCGCAGCUCUAUAUGUCGCCUCACGACAUUAAUAACAAGACGCUAGUCAACAUGUUGGCCAGCUCAGUUUUCCCAAUCACCUUUGAGUGGAGUAAUUAUAAGACAGGAAAAUCAUCUCGCUCUGUAAGCUGUGUGCGUGCGAGUGUUCCGUCGGCCAGCGCCAGCCCGAGCCCGAGUCCAAGUCCAACUACCGGCACUCCCUCGGCUACCGGCAACAUUGCAGGGCCAACCGCAGCAGUGAAGAAGGAAUACUUGCUCGGAGCAGCAGCCGUGGUAGUUGGGUACAUGGCGUACUAA